GCGAAAGUAGCUGUAGGUUAAGAGAACCAGUUUGGACGGUUUAGACGUUUUUCUCCGGUAUUUCGUGUUGAGACUCGAGGAAGCAAAUAUCAACUUUUAUUAUGAUGAAAGGCGUUUGUUUGAGGCAGUAAGGGCAUAAGAAGAAUGGACGGGAGACUGCUCGGACCCGGUCCGUACAGGGCGACACAGCUGUGGAAUGAGACAAUCAAGCUUUUUCGCGGAGGAAUGCCACUUAAAAGACACUGGGCACACUUUCGGAGUUAUGAUAACAGUUUCACAGGAUCAGAAGCUGUCGAUUAUCUCCAUGCCCUGCUUAAGCGUAACCAGAACUUUGGGCCUGAGGUGACGCGUCAUCAGUCUCUGCAGCUACUGAGAAAGUUCCUUAAGAACCACAUUAUCGAAGAUGUUAAAGGACGUUUCGGUAAAGAGGACUUUGAUGACAAUGGCCGUUUAUACAGAUUUCCUCCACAGUCACCUCUCAAACUGCUUCCUCGGAAUGCGCCUUUGAUGCAUAGAAGUUGCGUUCCCCGGAUUCCACCCUGGGAUGACGGUGAUGGGAUACAGGUGUCAAACAGGAUACACAUGAAGCCUCUAGUUCUGAAUUCAGAGUCAUGGAACAAAAGGCAUAGUAUUGCCAUAGGAGAAGUUCCAGAAUGCAAACUGAUUCGUAAAAGAGACCUCACACCAAAGCAUGUGGAUCAUAUAUGGAAAUCAAUGACCUUAACUCAUCUACAGAAUAUUUUGGGCCUCCAGUCUUUAGAUGGGGUUGUUGAUGCUAAACUCUUGAGCCCAAAACACAUUGUUUAUAAUGUCUUCAGUGUCAACAAGCAGGGAAUUGUCGUGCUGAAGAACAAGGCAGAUGACUUACCUCAUUGGGUAUUGUCUGCAAUGAAAUGCUUGGCAAACUGGCCCAGUGUCAAUGGCAGCAUGCAGCCCACGUAUCCCGGAUUUGAGCGAGAUGUUUUUAGAACGGUAGCAGAACAUUUUCAGAGAUUAAAGGAGCCGUUGCUAACAUUCCACCUGUAUGAGAUGUUUGUGAACAUCCUGGGACUCCUCCCGAAGCAGCAGGUUGUGGUGGAAGCCCUGCAGGUCUGCUGCCUUCUGCUGCCUCCACCCAACCGGCGCAGGCUUCAGCUCCUGCUACGUCUGAUGGCUAAAGCCUGCCACAACUACACCCUCCCUCCACUCAACGAAGCUAUAGGAACACGCAGCCUAAUGGUCCAAACUUUCUCCCGUUGUAUUUUGUGUUCGGCGGAUGAAGUGGACUUGGAUGAGCUGCUGGCCACCAAGCUGGUGACCUUCAUGAUGGACAACCACGAGAGUGUCCUGAAGGUUCCCGUAAAUCUGCACAGGUCUGUGGAGGAGCACCUGACCCAUCUGCGAAGGGCUCAGAUAAAGUACGCAGGAGCAGACACGGAGUUCCCGGUGGACUCCCCUCCCCACGCGUACUGUACGCUGGUCAGCAAGGAGCAGUUUGAGGAGCAGAGUGUCACAGGCUCCCAGGGAGCUAUGGUGGAGCUGCUGGAAAGUCUCAUUCAAGACAAGUCCAUGUCCAUAAAGGACAAGAAGAAGAAACUGAAACAGUUCCAGAGAUCCUACCCUGACGUCUACCAGAGACGGCUCCCUACGCCUGCAAGUAAGGCUGCGGCGCUUCCGGAGAGACCUCAGCGGUUCAGGCCCCACCUGAUGUUCUCCACCCUGAAGAACCCUUUGCAGCCCUUCCAGCGGAGCUGGAGCUUCCGCUCUUAAUCUCAAAAUGCGGUUGGUGCAUCGUGGGAUUGCACAAUAUGGAAAAAAUACUGGAUUGCGAUUAUAUUGCUGCAUAUUGCAGGGCAUGGCCUGACACGAGAAAGCACACAGGUGAACCAUGACAUGGAUUUUCACGAACGUGUGAUGUGGUUCUUUUUGCCUGCAUUAUUUUCUCCUUAAUUAUUUACUUUUGUUAGGUUUUGAAGAACAAUAUUCAAACGAUCUAUCAGGAGCACUUGGUCAGGAUGCUCACAGCACACUGAGUAUUUUUUGUUUGUGUUUAUAUUUUGCCACUCAGAAUUGUGAAGGCAAUAUUGCAGUAUUGAGUCACAGAUGACGUAGUGUGUAGGCUGGUCCAUCAUAAAGGUACUAAAGUAUUAUAGGAAGCAGACCCGUAAGAGCAAGCUGACAUGGUGUACAAUGUAUUACUGUUCUGAAUCACAGUACCCAUUUGUUUUUUGGGUCUUUGGGUUUAAUGAAUCUCUCUUUUUCUGAAAGUUCAAACUACUGGGAGUGACUUUUCUGCCUGUCAGAAAGUACUCGCUCUUAAAUGGCCCAGACGUUUCUUCUAAGUUUAUAAUCAUUUGUCCAUAUGUAAAGUUUCAUCUGAAACAAGAUGCACAAGAUCUGUGGAAUUUAUUAAAAAAUGAUUGGUUGUCAUUUCAUGGUAUGCUGAGUACAUUUGAAAUAUAUUUGUAUUUAAAUGAGCUGGAUAUGAUUGGGGUGUAGUUUUUGUUUUGUACAGUUUUCUCUUUUUCCUAAGCCGAGGUCGUAACAAUUUUUGUAAUUUUUUUGACUUUAUAUGUAUUUGGAUGUUUACCACACUAAGAGACCAGGUCAUUAUUUCAUUCAAAGGAUGGAUGAAUACGUGAGAAUAUUGGAAGCAGAUAUGUUACAGCAAAACACUUGCAUAAAAAAUGUACUGUUUUAUCUCAGGACAAACAUUUGAUUUAAAAAUGUAUUUAUACUCAGAACCAGGAAGACAAUGUUAAAAAUAAUUACAUAAUAAUUACAUUUUUUAAUUAAAGUUAAUGUACGAUGACCACUGUUUUUUCCCACCUUUUCUUAUUUGUGAAGGUAAAAUGCCGUUUCAAACAUGUUUAUUUGGUCUUUGUUGUAUGUAGACAUGCUGGAGGUAUUGUUACUGUCUAAAACACUGCACAAUGAUCACUGCUGGGAUUUGAAAAAUACA